AGGAAAAUAAAUUGAUUAUUAGAAAUUAAUAUUUAAAAAGAAAAUAGACUGUGCGUGGCGAACCUGCCAGCCAUUUCCGCUAUUUGCUUUGUCAUGAGGUGACGUUUCGUUUACUACGUUUGCUUCAAUCUUGACGGGUUUAAGGUGUGUUCUCGAAAAGCAUUAUUAAAAGUUCAUUUUAAUAAUUAAAAUUUAAUAAACAAUCAAUACCAAAGGAUUGUCUAUUUUCCCAAAUCGUACAUAAUUUAUCGGGUGAAUUAAAGUUUUUAGGUUAGAAAAUCCUUGAAAUCGAGGUGGAUUUCAUUGCACCUUGUCAUUCAAUUUUUUUUUAAAGAAGAUUCUUGUGUAUAGUGUUUAAAUACCUUCUUUGGAGUCAUGGGUUUGACUAUCAGCAGUGUAUUAACUCGACUAUUUGGAAAAAAGCAAAUGAGAAUACUUAUGGUUGGUCUCGAUGCCGCUGGUAAGACAACCAUACUUUACAAAUUAAAAUUGGGCGAAAUUGUUACAACAAUUCCAACAAUUGGUUUUAAUGUCGAAACCGUCGAGUACAAGAACAUCUGUUUCACGGUAUGGGAUGUCGGUGGCCAAGAUAAGAUUAGACCACUUUGGAGGCAUUAUUUCCAAAAUACCCAGGGCCUUAUUUACGUAGUCGAUAGUAAUGAUCGAGAACGUAUUAGUGAAGCGGAAAAAGAAUUGGCUAAUAUGCUACAAGAAGAUGAAUUACGAGACGCGGUACUUUUGGUAUUUGCCAAUAAGCAAGAUUUGCCAAAUGCAAUGUCAGCUACUGAAUUGACGGAUAAACUUGGUUUGAAUUCAGUUCGUGGACGUCGUUGGUAUAUUCAAAGUACAUGUGCAACUCAAGGACAUGGUUUAUAUGAAGGACUCGAUUGGCUUAGUAAUGAACUCGCCAAAAAGUGAUAAAAUUCCAUAAACUUCUCAGAUAAAUGCUUUCCAAGCUCUGGCUAUUUCAGCGGGUGAUACAAAUGUUAAAAUAUCAUUUUAAAAAUUCGCUUUUAAAAGCCAUGGCCUUUUAAAAAGAAAGAAAAAAAAAAAAAAAAAAUUCUAUGCUCUUUAUCUCUCUCUCUUUUGGAGGGGAUUUUUUUUUUCUCGUUAUUAAUGACUAUCAUUUAUAGAGAUAGGGAGAUAAACGAGAUUUAUUAAAUCUCAAAAUACACGGAAAAAUUAACUUUAAACCAAAUAAAUAUGGUUAAAAAUGCAUUUUAUUUUUCCGAAUUUUUGAGAAAAACCUUCGUAUAUAUCAACUCCGUUUUUGUAUGAUCUUUGUACAUAAAUUCGUACUGCAAAAACAAUUAUUAACGCCAUCUUUUUUCUAUACUUAUCUAGAAGUAUGUUGAAUGUUUCAAGUAUUUAAUUUUUUUUUUUUGUGAAUUGAAGUUUCAUUCUUGGGGAUCACAAAACAAUUGUAAUGACCAAAAUCAUUAUUCUUUAAAAAAAAAAAAAAAAAAAAAAGUUGAUGUAGUAAUUAUAAGGUGUCGUUUUUUUUUGGAUUUAGUUUCAUUUUUAUGAAAAUUGUCUUUUACAUUUUAAGAUAUUAGUUUGUAAGUCUGAAAAUAAACUACGAAAUCGAGUUACUAGUCUUAUA